AUGGAAUUUGCAUUGGCCCAGCCUCAUUGUUGGUUCCAGGUUCCAAAACACGAAUACAAAAUAGAUGCAAAUAAUCAGCAACUGCUAUGCAGCUACGAAGGGUCUACACAUAUGACUCACGUCCGAGCAUAUUUCUUUACUUCAAUCCCCCACAUUGAUAUCAUGGACCGUCGUUCGUCCAACCGAAAAAUUCGUCCUCUUGUCAUGUCCAUGUUUGAGACCUCUGAUAGAGAUCCUAUUGUACCGCAGGCCCAUCCUUCGAAUACUCGGUCUUCUCGACAUUCCAGCAUUCAUAACUCAGAUGAACUUGCCUAUAUCCGCAGAAAGCGUAGCAUGUCCCUCCCAACAUCCUCGUUAAUUCUGCCAGUAACCGUUUCUACUACUGCAAUCACUGAGCGACUCCAGGGCCAACUCUCACGACUUACUCUCAAGCUGUCAUCUGGGAGUAAACGAGAUCAGAAUGCUUCGUCCUCGUCUUCUUCCCGCCGACUGUCAUCCAAAAGUGUUCAGGAUGCAGCACAGAGUGCCAUGGGAUUAGCUCCUGAUUGGCAGCUGCCCAGUAACUACGACUGUCUGUUGGAUCCAGCCAAGGAGUUUACUUUCCAGCCAUUAUCUACAGAUCUCGCUUCACUGCCACGCAAAGAAUCAAGGGCUCAUCACUCAUCAGAGGCGGCUUCUGAGCCAUUAUCCGUAUCAUACAACUCGGCUCCAGUGCUACCUGUGACAUUUCCAACAAGCAAUACCUUGUCUAAUCAAGUUUGUCGGGAUACUCAACAUAGCUCCGCCAUAUCCACUCUACGCCAAACUAGCAACUCAUACACAAGCUCUCAUGCUUAUGAUUUCAAGACUGUCUCGGAUGAUCAUGCAUUAUCAUCUGCAUUCAAGACUUCUGACCACACAUUGUCAACAGACUCCGCUCCAGCAACAGCUGGCGAUUCGAUUGGUGUAAGUACACUGACUGCUUUUUCAUCAUGCCCUUUUAUUCAAAAACGCAGCUCAUCACAUUAUGUCCGCUCAAGGUCAGGUCAGGACACAGUCAUGUGUUCGACACCCAGCAACGAGCUGGAAUCUCGAAUUCAAUUGCCGCCUCUUCUAACAGCAAAGAAUCGGUAUCAACCAUCCUUGACAUCGCCUGCAUCUUUGGAAAAGUCAAUUACUGGAACUACAGAACAUUUGUCUGAAGCAGCAUCCUACCCUGGCACUCAGCAUCGGAUCAGACAGUAUGAGCAAUCGCUUGGUCAAUGUCCUACUCUCCCACGCUCUCACACUCCGACACUAGGCAAAUAUCCGCAGGAAUCAUUUUCCAGAUCCCUUAGUCCAAGCUACCAACAGCGCCAAUCCACAUACCAAACAAGCUCUUUUCAGCCAUCAUCUACUAUUCACCAUGAAGACCAUUUGUUUUCAGUAGCCAAGCCUCCGCUGUCCCUGAAUCACGCAAAAGCUUCAAUGGAAUACACAACUGGUCUUUAUCUGGCAGUGCCCAACACAGCUUCUCGUCACACUCAAAAGCAUCAGCCCUUACUCGCACAAGAGCAGCCUGUUUCAAUCCUGCAGAAACACAACAGAGAGCCAUCUCAUGAUAGUGGCUAUGGAUCUCCAUCUCGUUCUCAUCCUGCCUUGUCCGACAGGGGACGGCAUCUAAUCAGCCCUUUAUCGUUUACGCCCACGCUCUCUUCUACUGUUUUGGAGUAA